GAACCGGAGCGAGCGAGUGAGAGAGAGAGAGAGACUCGACUCUGUGGAGGGCUCUAUAAAAGGGUCGCUUUAGCGUUGCGAAGCGCUUGGCAGAAGAUAGCUUUUAGUGCAGAAGAGCUUGUACUGUGCAACACCCAGAGAAACACAAACUCAUAUCUUUAUACACAAAAGAAAAUGUCACUGGUAGAAGAAGGAGCUGAUGAUUACACCCAAGAUGGGACCGUUGAUCUCCGAGGAAAUCCUGUCCGUCGGUCGAAGCGCGGCGGAUGGACCGCCUGCUCCUUCGUCGUUGUGUACGAAGUCUUCGAGAGGAUGGCGUACUAUGGAAUCUCGUCCAACCUCGUGCUCUACAUGACCAAGAAGUUACACCAAGGCACGGUCAAGUCGUCCAACAACGUUACCAAUUGGGUCGGCACCAUCUGGAUCACCCUGUCCUGGGCGCGUACAUCGCGGACGCCCAUCUCGGCCGCUAUUGGACCUUCAUCGUCGCGUCCGCCAUCUAUCUCGCGGGCAUGUUGGUGUUGACCAUGGCCGUCUCGCUUCCCGGCCUCAAGCCGCCUCACUGCUCAGAGGCGAACGUCGACAAUUGCAAGAAGGCCUCCACGUUGCAGCUUGCUGUCUUUUUCGGCGCGCUGUACACGCUGGCGAUCGGCACUGGCGGGACCAAGCCCAACAUCUCGACGAUCGGCGCGGACCAGUUCGACGACUUUCACCCGAAGGAGAAGGCCCACAAGCUCUCCUUCUUCAACUGGUGGAUGUUCAGCAUCUUCUUUGGGACCCUCUUUGCCAACACCAUCCUCGUGUAUAUACAGGACAAUGUAGGCUGGGCCGGGUAUGGGCUCCCCACCCUCGGGCUCGCGAUCUCAAUCGGGAUCUUCCUCGCAGGGACCCGUUAUUACCGGCACCGGGUGCCUGCGGGCAGCCCGUUCACAAGGAUGGCCCGGGUUAUCGUGGCUGCCGUGAGGAAGUGGAGGGUGCGGGUCCCGAGCGAUGCGAAGGAGCUUUAUGAGCUCGACUUGCAUGAGUAUACAAAGAAGGGGAAAUUUAGGAUUGACUCAACACCAACCUUGAGAUUCUUGAACAAAGCAUGCGUCCAAACCGGUACGACUUCUCCGUGGAAGCUAUGCUCGGUCACCCAAGUCGAGGAAACAAAACAAAUGCUGCGGAUGAUCCCUAUCCUGAUCGCGACUUUCGUCCCAAGCUGCAUGAUGGCUCAAAUCAAUACCCUCUUCGUCAAGCAAGGGACUACCUUAGAUAGAAGCAUCGGCAGCUUCAAGAUCCCCGCAGCGAGUCUAUCUGGAUUCGUGACCAUCUCGAUGCUCGUCUCUGUUGUGUUGUACGACCGCUUUUUCGUCAAGAUCAUGCAAAGAUGGACCAAGAACCCGAGAGGCGUCAGUCUUCUCCAACGGAUGGGGAUCGGCCUCAUCUUUCACAUCGUGAUCAUGACUGUGGCGUCCUUCACCGAGAGAUGGAGGCUCCGAGUGGCUAGGGAGCACAAUUUGGUUGAAUCGGGAGGACAAAUCCCAAUGACGAUCUUCAUUCUGCUUCCUCAAUUCGUGCUCAUGGGAACGGCUGAUGCAUUCCUGGAAGUAGCAAAGAUCGAGUUCUUCUAUGACCAAGCGCCGGAGAGCAUGAAGAGCUUGGGCACGUCUUAUUCAAUGACCACUUGGGUCGGGAACUUCCUUAGCAGCUUCUGCCUAUCCACCGUCGCAGAUAUCACUGAGAGGCACGGCCACCAUGGGUGGAUACUAAACAACCUGAAUGCAUCGCACCUCGACUAUUACUAUGCCUUCUUUGUGGUGCUCAACAUCCUGAAUUUUGCGUUCUUCCUGUUCGUGGCGAAACUCUAUGUGUAUCGUGCCGAGGUCUCAGAUUCGAUGGUGGUGCUUAAGGAAGAAUUGAAAGGGCUGGAGAAGGUACAUAACCAGGAAGUGCCGGUGACAUAACUCUGUGGUAGGUAAAAUGCCGCCGCUAAAGAUGACUGAAACAAUGGUUUUCGUCUAAAGCUCUGCCUGGUGUAUAAUAUCCAGCACUUGUAUGGCUCUUGGCGUCAUCGCUACGAUGUGCAGCUUUACAUUUAUACGCAAAUGAUGAUGAUGGAGAAGAUAAUAUUUAUUCUCCUUGGAAAAAGAUGAAGAUACAAUCUCUAGACAGUCCAUUCACUGUACGGCUUUUUCUUUGCUAGUUUGCAUGCCGUCGAGCCCAAAGGCGACAUUCGAAUGACAACUUUUGGUCCGCAAUUGCUUUCAGUAUCAGAUGGUCAAAACUCUGGCAAUUCGUUGUACAAGUUCAAUCGUCGUAAAUGUCAGUUAACGAGAAAUGAUUGAUCCA